GAUAAAGGAAGUGUAGGAGUAGGGUUAGCAUUUCCAGGGCAUUAUCUUGGGCAUUAUCCCCGUAACUAGAUUAUUAUUCACCCUUAGAAUUGUAGGCAUUGUAUAUUCCAUUAUAUAUAUUAUAUUAAUAACAUAAAUGUCGAGAAGUCGUUGACGUUAUAACUCAACUUUGAUACUUCAACUCCAACUACACCGCAACACCGCGAGCGAAUCCUUCGCUCCUCCAACCGAUAGCGACGACACAGCAUCAUACUUAUCAUGCCCACGACCCGACACGUGCAGCAGGUGCUGCUGGUCCUGCAGGUGCUGCUGCUAACUGCAGGUGCUCAGCUGGAGCAGCUGCCCUCUGCUCUCCUGGAGCAGGCGCUCAGCGAGGGCUUCCUGAGGGCACAGGAGCAGCGGCAGGUGGAGGCCAUCUUAGGCCUGUCCACGAGGGGCGGGGUGGACUUGGACGUGGCCAGCGAGCGCCUCUUCGACUUCCGUCGUCCACAGGCGGACGCCAAGGCGCAGUCGGUGUGCCUGGGGGCGUCGCUGCUGGAGGCGUCCAAGUUCCUCAAGAACAGACUGCCAGGCACGACAGACGAGGCCGUGCAGAGGCUACAGAGUCAGACUCUGCGGUCAGCGACCUGCCAGCGCCUGCUGACACAGUCGGGGUCAGACUGCGCAGGGGUCAGGGUCGAGCAGGUGCCUCGCUGCGACCCCGGGGACCCUUACAGGACGUUCGAUGGAACCUGCAACAACGUACGUAACCCGCUGUGGGGGUCUAUACGUAGACCCUUCACCCGCUACAUCAGACCCUUCUACGAAGACGGUUUGGACGAGCCAAGAGGAGCGGGGCGGCCACCAAGCACAGCGCUCCCGUCACCCAGGAUGAUCAGCGUGGAGUUAUCUCAAGGCGUCAGCGGGAGGCCGAAGCCACUGCUGGCGAUCACGUCACUCGUCAUGCAAUUCGGACAAUUCCUUGACCACGACUUGACACACACGCCUGAGAGUGCCGUACGGGGGACGGGUAGCGCCCUGCUGCCCCUGGGGUGCUGUGAGGGCGGGGUGCCACCGUCUCACGACGACCAGCAGCGUGUCCCCGACUGCCGUCCCAUCGACCUCACCGGGGACCGCUUCUACGCCCGCCUGGGACGCGUCUGCAUGCGCUUCGUCAGGUCCCUGGUCGCAGACACCGGCUGCAGGCUGGGUCCACGUGAACAGCUGAACCAAGUGACCUCCUACCUGGACGGUUCUGUUCUCUACGGAACUUCACAGUUCCUUGCGAACCACUUACGCGACCCAGGUUCUCGAGGGCAGCUGAGAACCACUCUACCAGCGGGCAGUUCUCCUUCACAUGGUAGCAGCUGCCCUAGGCAGACCUGCAACGCUGGUCUGCUCCCUGAGCAACGUUGCCAUGCGCAGACCACCAGCACCUGCUUCAUAUCAGGCGACGGACGUGCUAACGAGCAGCCAGGCCUCACGUCACUUCACGUCCUCUUCAUGCGCGUCCACAACGCUGUCGCCGCCCAGCUCGCCUCUCUUAACCCUGGCUGGUCCAGCGACCGCGUCUACCAGGAGAGUCGUCGCGUGGUGGGCGCCCUGCUGCAGCAGGUGGUCUACAGAGAGUUCCUGCCCGUGGUGCUGGGGUCUGCGCCUAUGGACCACUUCAGGCUGUGGCUGCAGAGUGAGGGCUACUACCACGGCUACAACGAGACCGUAGACCCCACCACUCCUAAUGUCUUCGCUGCUGCUGCUUUCAGGUUCGGUCACAGUUUAGUGGAUGACAUUCUGAUGCAAGGACCUUCCGGCAAUUUGACUUUGCUGGAUUCCUUCUUCAAGUCCGACGUCCUGAAGAAGGAAGGCACGCGUCCCUCGCAGUUCCUGCAGAGCUUAACACUAGAGUCGUCGCAGGAUCCUGACGAGUACAUGGUUCCUACCCUUACCAACAACCUCUUUGGUUCUGCUAGGUUCCCCAUCGGCCUCGACCUCUACGCCUUGAAUGUGAUGCGCGGCCGUGACCACGGCCUGGCAGGCUACAAUCACUGGCGUGCAGCCUGCGGCCUGCCGACCGCGGCGUCCUUUACCGACCUGACGGCCUUCCUGCCGAGGCAGACCGUCGAGAAAUUCCAGCGACUCUACAAGCGACUACAGGAGCUACGGAGUGUUUGGCUGUCAUCACUACUCUGCCACCACACGAACAUCGUCGAGCUACAACCAAGCCCUUUCCUGGCACCAGAACCUCUCAGGAAUGCCCUCACGAGCUGCCUCAACUACAAACAGCUCGACCUGCGUCCCUGGCAGGAGGGAUUUGUCCCACUCAUUCAGGACUCACCCGCUGAGGAAUCUGCAGUCCACGUCCCCAUUUCCCCAGACACCCAAAGGCCCCCGCUUGUUGAGCCCCUCACCCAGAGGCCCCCUAUUCUUGCGCCAACCCAAAGUACCAUCCACAGUCAGACCCAAAAUGCUUUUGUCACGGCAAGACCGCAGGUAACACCCACUGUUACUUUCCCGCAAAUUGUUUCGUCUUUUAGACCCCCGGUUUCGGCCGUUAGUCCUCCUGUUUCUGCAGUUAGACCGAUUACUUCGACCGUCAGACCUCCUGCUUCAACCAUUUGGUCCCUUGUUUCACCCGACUCAACUGUUAGACCACCUGUUUCAACUGGUAGGCCGCCACUUUCACCCGUUAGACCACCCGUUUCAACAGCCUGGCCCACUGUUUCAACUGGUAGACCUCAAAUUUCGACAUGGUGGCCGCCUGUUUCGCCCUCUUGGCCAUCAACGUCAGUCCGUCCUCCAACCAACCCUCCCAGUCCUCUCAGGCCAGUGCAGACAAGGCCACCUUACCAAGAGUCCACCCAUAGGCCACCAUACCAAGCGUCCACCCAAAGGCCACCAUACCAAGUGCCCACCCAUAGGCCGCCAUCCCAAGUGUCCACCCAGUGGCCAUCAUACGAAGGGUCAGCCAAACGGCCCAUAUUGCAAACACAACCGCCCUACUAUCAACUUCCACCGUUCGGCAAGCAAUGUCGCGCUGUCGGCGUCUGGCGGAGCAUCCCUGGCAUGGACUUCUGGUGCACCAGCAACUGCUUCCACCCCGGGGCCUCCCACUGCCCUCCCACUCACUGCACCUGCUACUGAUCCAUCAUGAGAUUCCUGUUGAUCCCCACAGGGUGUAACUGAUCCCCCAAAAUCCUCGAGAUCCCACUUAUUAAGAUUCUACUGUGGAAAAUCCUACUUCUCUGUGUCCCACUACGCCAGAUGCACUACACUCAGCAGGAUCGGAGUGAACUUUUUACGUCCUUAUACCAGCAGUUCGCUAACGCCUGCGUUAUGAUUGUUUCUAAAUGAAUUACGCUUAGCAAUAAACUUUUUGGUGAUGAGGCUGUGUUAAAACCGACUUUGUUACCGUUUAUCAGGCAAUCAUUAAAUCUGAAAAAUGGUUGAACGCGAUCGAUUAGAAUAAAGAAAACGCAGCCAAAGUUAGGUUGUACUCCUUUAUUUAGUAAAAAUAUCCCGUUUUAUAACAUGAUGAUUUUAAUGUUAAGAAUAAUUGACUCAUUUUUUAACUUAAAGUACACUCCGAUUUUGAGAUUACUUAAUUAAAUACUAGUUUGAGGAAAAAUACCUUUCAUCCUAGAUAAUUGGACUAAUUAUUAUAUAUUUCAGUUUCAGAUGAAAAAUCAAUUGAAGAAGCUGAAAAAUAUUAAAAUAAUAAUUUUUUCUAGUAAUGGAUCAAAAUUGAAAGAUACGGAACUGAAGAUCUUAAUUUUAGGAAGUAGUGCAAGAUAAUUCAGUCAAAUUCUAAACGGCGCCUCAGAAUCGCCUGUUAGGGGACUUAGACGCUGCCCAACGAGCUAUCCAGUGACUGGUAAUUACCGCUCGUUCUUUUUUUGAUUUAAAUUGAAUAUUAAAUUGAGCUAAAUUCAUCGUUGGGAAUAGGUUUUGUAUACAUUUCAAGAUUAAUACUUUUCUACUUCAUUUUUUAAAAAUUAUUUUAUUGCUUUUCAACUUGCGAAUUUUAAUAAAUUUGUUAACAUGUUGACUUAUUAGCGCACAGAAUCUAAUUCCAUUAUCGUCAUGUUGAAAACUCAAAGACUUUCUCAUUCGUGAAAUUCGCUCUCUAUUAAUUAGAUUUACGAAAUAUAUUUUCUCUUAUUCCAUAUUUUUAUGAUUUCAUCAAGAUAGACUUUAGAUCAAAUUAAAUGUAUAUCUGAUGAUGAAUUUUCCAAGAUUCAUCCUGCAUUUUGAGUUAACUGAUCAAAUCUAAUCAUUUAAAAGAUUAAUCAAUAUAUAUAUUCAUAUACCUAAUUAAUAUUU